UCAAACUGAGCCUCUAGGCUUUUUUUUUUUUUGGGCAGGUUAAAGUUUCCACCUGACACCCACCGGCGCCCUGCUGUUGGAUGAUUUUACUCGAGGAUAAGACGCAUUCAAGUCCCGACAAGAUCAAGCCACGAAGCAGCAGCAGCAACUGCUGCAGAUGCACUGGAGAACAGCAAUGGUCAAGUCAGCGAGAGCCGCAGUGGAGCCGCACUGAGGCAAAGCAGCCAACUGGCCCCCUCACGACUGGGGACGCCUCCAACGAUCUUAGGGGCGUGGGAAGCCGGGGAGUGGAAAAUUCCUCCCAAUCCUGAAUGCCCGCUCAAUCAGACUGACCGACAAGCCCCCCAACCGAGUUCCUCAGUCCUGCUCUUUCGCCGCCUCGAUCCUCUUUCCAAAAAAUGACCGUAGUAGCGGGAGACAACAUGGACGAAACCUCGGCCGUCCCUGGCCACCCUCAGGACACCUAUCCCCCAGACCACAAUGAUCACGAGUGCUGCGAGAGGGUGGUCAUCAACAUAGCGGGCCUACGCUUUGAGACGCAGUUAAAAACUCUCUCCCAGUUUCCAGAGACGUUACUGGGCAACCCCAAAAAGCGGAUGCGGUACUUUGACCCCCUAAGAAAUGAAUAUUUCUUCGAUAGAAACCGCCCCAGUUUUGAUGCUAUCCUGUACUACUACCAGUCUGGGGGGAGACUGAGAAGGCCAGUGAAUGUGCCCUUGGAUAUGUUCUCAGAAGAAAUAAAGUUUUACGAGCUGGGAGUGGAUGCCAUGGAGAGGUUCCGUGAGGAUGAGGGUUUUAUCAGGGAGGAAGAGCGUCCUUUACCUGAGAAAGAGUUCCAGCGUCAGAUCUGGCUCCUCUUUGAGCAUCCAGAAAGCUCAGGCACCGCUAGAGGGAUUGCCAUCGUGUCUGUGAUGGUAAUCCUCAUUUCAAUAGUCAUAUUUUGUUUAGAGACUUUACCACAGCUGAAAGAGGACCCAAUGGGUCAUUUCGAAAGAGUGGGGAACAUUACUAUUUAUUAUAAACCAAAUAUACUCACCGAUCCCUUCUUUGUUAUUGAGACUCUGUGUAUAAUCUGGUUCUCCUUUGAACUGAUAGUACGCUUUCUGGCAUGCCCAAGCAAACCGGCUUUCUUCAAGAACAUGAUGAACACGAUUGACAUUGUGGCUAUCAUCCCCUAUUUCAUCACCCUCGGCACUGAGCUGGCUGAAGACCCAGAAAGUACAGAAGGGGUGGGAGAGCAAGCAACGUCUCUGGCCAUACUCAGGGUCAUCCGUCUGGUCAGGGUUUUUCGGAUCUUCAAGCUGUCACGACACUCCAAAGGACUUCAGAUUCUGGGGCAGACCCUCAAAGCCAGCAUGAGAGAGCUGGGGCUGCUGAUCUUCUUCCUGUUCAUCGGAGUCAUCUUGUUCUCCAGUGCCGUCUACUUUGCUGAGGCAGAGGAGCAGGGAUCCUACUUCGGCAGCAUCCCAGAUGCGUUCUGGUGGGCUGUUGUAUCCAUGACAACUGUGGGCUAUGGGGACAUGGUCCCCGUCACCAUAGGUGGGAAGAUUGUGGGAUCUCUGUGUGCCAUCGCCGGAGUGUUGACAAUUGCCCUUCCGGUGCCUGUCAUUGUGUCCAACUUCAACUACUUCUACCACAGGGAGACUGAGGGAGAGGAACAGGCUCAGCUGCUCAAUGUCAGCAAUCCCAACAUCCCUUCUGAAACCAACUCCAGCCGCCGUAGCUCAUCUACCGUCAGCAAGUCAGAGUACAUGGAGAUCGAUGGAGACAUCAACAACAGCAUCGACAAUUUUAGGGAGGCAAACCUCAGAACUGGCAACUGCACUAUAGCCAAUCAAAACUGUGUAAAUAAAAGCAAGCUGCUUACAGAUGUUUAGACACCAGUUAGGAAUCUUAAGAUUGCUGUGGGACUGUCAUAGGAAUGCUCCAUUUACCUCCCCAAUGCACUCAACGGCAUUAGGCCAAACAGCUAUGCUCAGCUAUAAAGAAAAAUAACAUGCCAUGUAGAUAGAAUAAUUAAUUCUACUGAUCCUACAAAUAUAUAGUUAUAUCAAGAAGAAAAACAUUGAUUAUUACACAUAUACACAGCUCCCCGGAGGACACAGCAUACCUAGUCUUAUCAGACAAUGGUGUGAUUUCAAAUCUCAUGCAUGGAAAACAGAUCAAAUUUAAGCAAGUUGCACAAUUCCUCAGAAACGACUCUAGACAAGUGAGCCUUUGCAACCAAGUGGUAACCGCCAAGAAGUUAGACCCCCUUUACCCCGUCCCCCCUUGCCCUCUCUUCCUCCUUUCUCUCUCUAUAAAGGAUUUACUACUCAGCAAAGCACCUUAUAGGAGGAAGACUGAUCCCUCUUGUUUGGAUGUAAACAGAUGGCGAUCUGCUUGCUUCACGGACAUCUGCAGUGCUGCUGUUUUCCAGCAGCUGCUUUAAUUGUGUUAUCACCAAGUGAUUCGAUGCCAUGCCCUUUAGAUGCAACACAGCACAACGACAAACGUGAGCUUCACACGAGCAUGAUUCGGAGACUUUCCAUUUUGAUAUCGGCAUGCCUGAGACACAUGUCACGUAAAGGAACGGCUGUUCUUUUGGAUAUCUGCCUACAUUCCCCCCCUCCUUCUCAUAUGUUUUCAUACUGAGUGCACUGGAUGAGGUUUUAAUUUGAAAUAAUAACCAUUUAGAAGUAUAGCAGCUGAAUGUUAAAUCUUAAGGGAACAGUACAUAAAUGAGAUCAUAGCAUGAAAAAAGUAACCUGCAUUAUGGCCUAUCGACUAAGGUACUUUUGUAUCCUGGUAUAUUAAAUGCAUGAUGUGAGUAUUUAGCUUGUUGCAAUUCAAGCACUCUGCAGCGCCCUAUCAGCAGGGAAACUGAGUAAAAAUUAAAAAUCUGGGUGUUUCUGAAUUGUGAUCAAAUAUAUUCAAACCCACCUUGAGGAUGCAAAGUUUCUAAUUUAAAAGUAGACAAAAAAAAAAAAAAAAAUACUGAAUAAAUGAUAUCAAAAAUGCAUAUAAUCAUGAUAAUAAGCCCCAGUUACAGUAUUAGUCAAUAGUGCAGUGCAUGGAUCUUCUUUGAACAAGAAAAGUUAACUUACUUUCAGUCAUGCUUCCAUCUCCACCUCUAAUUUUAAUACCAAUUGGUUCUGAAUCCAAUUGAAGAUCUAUUCUAACAUUAGUUGCCAGUGCCUUUAUCCCUUCCACCAACAGGACCAGUGAAAGUGCCUCGGUGUACAAUGGUAUUUGUGCAUGUUGAGUGGAGCUGCUGUGUGGUUCCAGAUGAGUGAGGUUCAAAAAGCAAGUGACUGCAGUAAAAUGGAAAAGAAAAAAGAAAAGACAAAGAUUAUCAAUGCUUUCAUGCACAACCCAGAUUUCACGCUGUCACGCACUUGUUUAUGCCCUUAAGCAGCAAAGUAUUGUACUCUGCAUGAUUACCAUUUUAACUUAAAGGGAAUAUCCUUUGUUUUCCAACAGUUUUUCUUGUUUUUUUUUCUUUUCUUCAAUGCCUGUUUCGUUGUGCAUCUUUUCAGGGUCUCUACCUCAAUGAGAUCAUUGCAAACUUGCUGCAGAGCUGCAAGCUUCAAUGCAGGGCUUCCUAAACCAUAAUGCAAAAGAGAACCUUAAGUGUAAACUGCAGUCAUGCAAUACUGAAUGUGAGAGUCCCAAAGUAUAGCCUUUACACGAGCACCUAUAUGUAGGACAAGCAGUGCACCACAAACCUGCUCCUUUUUUUCACUUAAAGCUGCGCACAAUCAGGACAUGCAUUUGCAAAGGGUUUGUAGAGACAACUAUACCUUCCCUGACUGUUUUAAAUAAAGUUUCUUGGAAAGAGUGCCAUGUCACGUUUACAGCAGUGUCACAGGGAAACAUUGUAGUGUUUUCAAACACAUUUGUGUACAAUUCAAUGGAAAAAAUUAACCUAAGUCAGUGGGCAUUAUCAUGCACAGCAAAAUACAGCCCAAUCGUUUUGCACAAAAGUUUCAUUCUGCUGCUUGAAAUAAUUAUUUUACUAGGAACAUUUUUUUUCCUUUUCAGUAUUUGCUCAUUUUCCAUGUCUAGUUUCUCAGCAUAUUGCAGGAGAACCAUUAAUAGAUUAAGGCAAAAUGUAACAACUACUUGAAAAUCUCCAGAUACUGUACAUCAAUCAGUACUGGGAUGAUUUCAUCCUGAUGAAAGUAAGAUUUUGUACUGUACUGUAUUCUCUUUUUUAUUUAAUACUCUACUGACAAGAUCCUGUAAGAAAAAUUAAGCUCCAGUGCAGUGACUUGAAUGCCAUAGCUGUUUCUGUUGGUGCAAUGGCCAUCCUCUGUGGUGCUAGUACAGGACUACCACUCUUGUCUUGUUACCAGAACACAUCACCUGAAGCUGAAGCAAACCUAACUUAAUUGUUUUGGAAAAAACUGACCAUCUGUUCAGUGAUUUUUCUUCUACAACAGUGUGGAUUCUCUGUCAUCCAGGUCAUAGUAAUUCUCAAAGGCUUGAAUCAAAGGCAACUGGACUCUGACAACCCACGGGAGUGAUGGG